UUCCUUCAUUAGAAAAUACAUGGACUAAUUUUGGACCUUGUUUUGUUGAAAUCGAAUUACUCAACGAUCACUCCAAAUAUUUAUCCGAAGCAUCUAGGUUGUUCAACAAGUAUAACAUGAAUGAUAUUCUAGACCAAAGCAACAUUACUCAUGGGAACAAUUACACUUAUCAAAAAAUUUCGGACGCUGUUUCCAAGGUCACUCAAGGAAAAAAACCUGCUGUCAAAUGUUUCCGGGAUCAUAUAAGCAGACGUCGAAACAAUUUGGUACUAGAUAAAAUAACACUAUUUUUCGAUAAAUCAUUGAAUUUGUUCCAAUUUCAUGACGACCCUCUUGAUAAAUAUCCAACACUUCGGGAAGACAAUAAUGAUUACUACCUUCUAUCUCAAAAAGCCUACCCAGCUGAGUGUCUUCAACAUUGUAGCAAUUCAACAAAAUAUCAAAAGCCCAAGUGCUCGUGGAUCAUAAGAGAAUUUACUUUUAUUUUAAAGAAUAACAUAGACUUCUCAUGCGGUGGAAACGACCCUCAUAACUAUGACGCAAAAUACAAUUUCACUUCCCUGUCGUCUAUCAAGAAUGAAAUAGUAGACAAAUGGGAAAAUAAAGAUGAUUAUAAUAGUGAAUAUAAAGAGAUCUUAAUGAGAGACUUAAUUAGAGACUAUUAGGAGAAACAAGGAAUGUGUUCGGCUUAUUUUAAGAAACUCAGCAACGAAUUUAAGUUUUUCAAGAAAUCACUCGAAUUGUUUGAUAAAUACAACAUGGAUCAAAUUCUACGGCAAUCUAAUAUCACUCCCGGGAAGAAUUACACUUAUCAAGAAAUAUACGACGCCGGUUAGGGCAGCAUGAUGGCCGAGCGGGUUAAGUCAUUAUCCCGUUAGUUCGCUCGCUCAUCAUGCCGUGAGGCGAGGGUUCGAGCCCCGACGGUUGUUCGAAUAAUUCCAACACCAACCGUCGGGGGUCGCUCCGGUAACCGAACCGUACUGGCAUGGGUUUUCUCUGUGGUUUCCCCAUCGCCACUAUUCCAACAACCGAUAGAAAGGGGUGAGGAAUAGGGUAAAUACAGUACAGAAAGCACAAGUCGGUCCACAGCCGCAGUGAUAAUAAUAAAGAGUUGAGUAUAUAAAUGUGCGAAAAAUAAGGUUGAUUAUGAUGUAGUGAAAAUACAGGAGUGAAAAGAGGACGUGCUGGGGUCCAAAAAAGCGUUGAAUAAACAAGGACAGUAAUAAUAAAAAAUAAAAACACAAGACGGUGGCGCACUCGCGGAAUGCGACAGCUACCAUCUACCCAGCCUUGUAAAAACCAAGAACGGUAUACAAGUAAAAAUCGAAAUAA